AUACUAAUUCCUUAUAAGCUUGCACGUGGUAAGUCCAGAGAAUUCGAAAAUUCUCUGGAAAAUGCACUGGAUCCGUUUUCACCUCCGGUGGAACCGCUACUGGCGCAAUCAGAUGACGCCCUCGAGCUCCCACGCAAUCUUCCAUUCGAUCAAAGGAAUUCCCUCUGGGGUGCCGAGAUUGACACUCAUCUUGCUGAAAUGUGCUUUUUUGUCCGCACUGACACUCAGCUGACUGGAGUCGAUCCGAUAAUGAAGUAUGUCGGAGAAACGGAGCCUGGUUGUAUCCUAGCAUGCGCACGGAACAAACGAUGUCAUUCGGUGAACUAUUCGGGAACAAUGUCCACGUGUGAGAUUUUUGAUGAAAUGGAUUUCGCUGCAAUGCAGAUCAGCUAUCGACUGGCUACAACUUCUAUAUGCCAAAGCAGACGAAUGUACAGGCUUGUCUUGAAGAUAUGCUCCAAACCGGAAAACACUCUUCCGAUGCAAGCGUUACAUGUGACAACGAAGGCUCUUGUAAGACAUCUGCUGUUCUUGACGUGGUUGACGCUUCCAACUCGUCCACCCACCCACUACCGACUAGUCUCUUCCAAA